UUACGAGCAGCUGCUCGUUUGAAAAUGCAAGAAGAACUAAAUGCGCAAGUUGAAAAGCAUAAGGAAAAACUAAAACAGCUUGAAGAAGAAAAGAGGAGGCAGAAGAUUGAAAUGUGGGACAGCAUGCAAGAAGGAAAAAGCUACAAAGGAAAUACAAAGAAGCCUCAGGAAGAAAACAGUUCUGGUCCAUCUUCAGUCAUCCCAAAACGGAAAACUGACAGAAAGCCUUUGAGAGGAGGAGGUUGUAACACUCUGUCUGGUGAAGGAGGAGGAGCCUGCUCCUGGAGACCUGGACGCAGAGACCCCUCAUCUGGCGGAUGAAGCUAAGAAUCUUGUUAGUGUCACUUUUGAUGUUAACAAGAGGAAUACUUAACCCUCAAUUCAAUAGCCUUAGGCAUGCUUUUCACAGUGACUAGCCAAGGGGAAGUGGGGUUUAUUUCUGUUAUCAACUACACAGCGAGGGCUUUGGUCAUCAGAGGGUGUAGAUGUUGCCGUUAGGUGUAGGUCAUUGGUCACACUUCACUUGAAGACAGUGAUUGCAUCCAUUGAUUUCAUGGUUAAUUGCUAGUUGGGUAAGUAAAGGCCUCUAGAUGAUUAGCAAUAUUGAUAAAGAGGCCUAAUAGUGAUCUUUUAAAUUAGAAGUCAUCGCUGGCAGGACAGUCUCUGUGACAGGUUGCGUUGAGUGAUGUCUUCCUUAUAAAUGGUGAGCCCACCAGUGAGGAUUACUGAUCAGACAGUUGAUGGGGUUUGUUUCUGUAUAUUUAUUUCUAUGUACAGAACUUUGUAUAAAGCCACUGUAAAUAUUAAAAAUUGCAAAUGACAUUUUUAGCUUCUUUAUUAAAUUCAAGGAAAUUUCAACAAAAAAAAAAAAAAGAAGAAGCAGAGGCUGCUCUGGAGAAAGGGGAGGAGAGUGCUGAAUGUCACCAGUGGUAUGCAGUGCUUUGUGGUCAGCUGGCUGAGCAUGAGGGCAUCCAGAGGCGCAUCCAGAGUGGCUUUAGUUUCAAGGAGCAUGUGGACAAAGCCAUUGCUCUCCAGCCAGAAAAUCCCAUGACUCACUUUCUUCUUGGCAGGUGGUGCUACCAGGUCUCUCACCUGAGCUGGCUAGAAAAAAAAACUGCCACAGCCUUGCUUGAAAACCCUCUCAAUGCCACUGUGCAGGAUGCCCUCCAGAGCUUCCUACAGGCUGAAGAACUACAGCCAGGAUUUUCCAAAGCAGGAAGGAUAUACAUUUCCAAGUGCUACAGAGAACUAGGGAAUACUUCUGAAGCUAGAUGGUGGAUGAAGUUGGCCCUGGAACUGCCUGAUGUCACUAAGGAGGAUUCAACUUUCCAGAAGGACCUAGAAGAAUUACAAGUUAUGUUGGCAGAAUAAUCACAUUUCAAUGGCCUUCAUGACUUGAGUGAUACUACUGUUUAAGGGGAAAAAUCAAGCCUUUCUUCCUUAUACUUUACUGAGAUCAUCUGGGUUGGAGAGUGUCCUGACUCCCGGGGCAGACUGCUACCCUCUACCAUUCCCCAAUUUAUCUUCUGUUGAUCAGUUAAUUUAUUCUAAUCUCUUACCUAAUCUAAAGUUGGGGAAGUACUUAUGGCCUGGGUCUGUUGUUCUCCCCUUAAGCGAAUUCUUAAAAAAUCAAGACUAAACUAGCAGAAUAAGAAUAAGAAUUCUUAUUUCUGCCCCCAGAAUAAGAAUGGUAGAGCCCUAAGGCUGCUAGAGCUGAGAGAAUGAAGGAGCAACACUGUGCUGGUGAGGUGUAUGGACUUCAAAAACCUACAGGAACAAAGCUCAGAAUCUGCUAUUCUCUAGUAUUUUUCACUAAAUAUUCAACACGUAUAUACACAGUCCUAAGAUCACUAGCUACUGGGAUAAAAGAAGUCAGAGCAGCAGAUGGAUAUUGCCGCCUUAUCUCCUAUCAUGUGCAUUCUACCUAUAUUCUUGGGCUGGACCACUGGAGUUGUCCUGGAAGCUCCUGAAAGGAUAGUGGCAUAGGGUUUAUGAAACUAUAAAAUGAUGAUCUGAAGAGCUGGCUGGGAUAUAUUUUGGUACGAACUUGAAAUAAACCAAAUCUGAUUGCAAGUGAAAAAAAAAAUUAUUUACUAUUGGUUUCAAUAAUUCCCAGUUUGGGACUAUCAGAGUUAAUGCUUUCGUGAAUGUUCUAGUAUGUGUCUUAUUGAAGAUUUUUACGUAUGUCAGUUGGAUAAACACCUAGGAGUAGAAUUACAUAGUCAUAGGGUGUACAUAUCUUCAGCUUUAGUAGAUUGUGUCCAAUAUUUUUAUUUUUCCAGAAUGGUUUCGCCAGUUUAUCCCUCUGUAUUCGGUAUUGUUCUUCUCCUGCAUCCUUGUCAGCAUUUGGUAUUUUAUCUUUUUAUUUGAGCCUUUCUGUGGGGUAUGUUGUAGUAUCCCCUUGCAGUUCGGUUUUUAUUUUUCUGAAGACUCUUAUUUGCACCAUGUUUCUUGCUGAUUGAGAUACAUCUCUUUUGUGAAGUACCUGUGGAAGUCUUUUUCCCAUUUUUAAAAAAAUUAUUUUGAUACAGAAAUUGUACAUAUUUUAAUGUACAUCUCAAUAAAUGUUUAUGUAUAAGUACAUCUAUUAGCCCUACCCUAAAUUGGUAUAUAGAACAUUUCAUCACCUCACAGAUUCCCUUGAGCCCUUUCCCAUUCAGCAUCUUCCCAUAUGUACCUUUAUUCUGACUUUUAUCACCACAGAUGAUUUUUGCCUAUUCUUGAACUUUGUAUAAAUGAUUCAUUUUUUUUUUUUAAAGUUCUCCUUUGGAUCUGCCUUUUUUAACUCAACACGAUUUUUUACAAAGAUUUAUCCAUGUUGUUGAAUGUGUCAGUUAUUCAUUUGUCUUUGUUGUUGCCAUAUAGUAUUCUGUUGUAUAAAUAUACUAUGGUUUCUUUAUGCAUCCACCUGUUGAUCAUACAUACGUGGGUUGUUUUCAUUUUGUAUACCUAUUAUGAAUAAACCUCCUGUGAACAAAAAAAAAUGGCUUGACCUUUUGGGGGGUAAGAUUUCUUUUACUUGGCAUAUGUAUUAAAA